AUAAUCAUCCGCGAUAUUGUUUAGGGCUUUCGACAGCACCCGAACUCAACAUACAAACAGAUCCAGAAUGAAAUACACCUUGUCGCUGUGCCUGCUGGUGGUUGCAGUAUCAACCAUCUGCGUGGUGGCUCUACCUCCACUUGGUUGCACAAACAUCAAUUGCGAGACGCAGUCGUGUCCGCCAAUUGGCAAUUGCACCUGCGGGAAUCACACUAUACUUUGUGGCUGCUGCCACAAGUGCUACAAGUGUCCUGGAGAGUCCUGCAGGACGCUUGGGGUUGAUUCUUGCAGCCGAGGUUACGAAUGCAUUGUUUCUAGUCCAACGUUGUUUGAGGCUCUUGAGGUCACUGGAGUGUGCACGGCCAUAGCCACAACACCAAGAAGUUCCGGAUGACGACCCUGAUAAUAUUCUAUCAAUAACAUCACCUAAAAGCAGAAUUUGUACUCUCAAGUUUUCUGCUUAGUUGGGUUGUCCUGGAAUUUUAGCAAAAUAAAGCGUUAAGAUUUAACGUGCCAA